AUGAGCCUCGAGCAUAGGAGAGCUUGUAUAGUUGGAGAGCCCAGUGAAGGUGGUGAGCUUAGUCAGUUGGGAAGCCUGUCGUGGAGGGCUCGGCGCCGUUGGAGAGCCCGUCGCAAGUGGAGGGCUUGGCACAAUCGGAGGGCUCAGUGUAGGUGGAGAGCCUGUGCAGGUGGAGCGCCCGCUGUCAUUGGAGAGCCCAUCGCUGAUGGAGGGCUCGGCGUAGUUGGAGAGCCCCUCGCAGGUGGAGGGCUCGGCCUAGUUGGAGUGCUUGUUGUAGGUGGAAAGCUUGGUGUGGAAGAAGGCUCGGCGCACUUGGAGAGCCCAUCGCAGAUGGAGAGCAUAGCACAGUGGGGAGGGCUUGAAACAGUUGGAUGGCUCUGUGUAGGUGGAAAGCCCAUUGCCGUUGGAGAGCCCAUCGCAAGUGGAGGGCUCAUUGCUGUUGGAAAGCCCAUCGCAGGUGGAGGGCUUGGUGCAGGUGAAAACCCAGGUGCAGGUGGUGAGCUAGGUGUAGUUGGAGAGCCCGUCGCAAUAGGAGGGCUCGGUGUAGUUGGAGAGCCUGUCGCAGGUGGAGGGCUCGGCACAAUUUUAGAGCCAGUCAUAGUUGGAGGGCUAGGCUUAGUUGGACGGCUCGAUGCAGGUGAAGAGCCCGGUACAUGUGGGGAGCCCGGUGCAGGUGGUGAGCUCGGUGCAGUUGGAGAGGCUGUCGCUAGUUAA